GGCCAGCGACUGGAUUCGAGGAACGGGCGACCACUUUCAGUCGCUCGGCUUUGGCCUCAUCGGCAUCAUCCUGGUCUUCCUCGUUGCGCUAUCGUACAUGUCCUUCAAGACUCGCAACGUGUGGCAGAAAUACAACGAGACGAUCUACAUCGGGUACUCCGCUUACGCUGUGACCGUCUCGGCCAUUAUCAUCUUGCCGCUGCUUGCGUUCCUCUCCAGCCCGCCAGUCGUUGAUACGCUAUCCUGCCUGGUUGUGGAGAUGUCUCUGUACACGAUGUUGAUAGCUGUUAUUGGAACGAAGUUUUGGAUGAUUCGACAUGCCAGCGCGGCAGGGACUGACACCCAGCACACCGAAAGCGUUAGCGGUCCUGGAGGCGAAUCUGGGGAGGAGUCUUGCCUGCGGUGCAAGACAUGCAAGCUUUGAAUUCUAAUGCAUCGAAGGGAACGGCUUCGAAAAUGCUUGAGGGAACCGUGGCUCGCAGGGUAGGCAAAGGUAGUGCGAAUGCGCCGGCCGGAACCCCCUCGCCUCUGAAGACCGCCGCAAUGCAGCGCGGGGUCUGACACACCGGGAAAGAGCUUGUGGAUAACAUGUGGACCCGCACGCCAGACAGAUUCCUAGAGGCUU